UGGUAAGAGGGGCGGAGUCUCCGAUGUUAGCCUUUUUACUCAUUGUUCUGAGUAUCAUCCUACCGCAGUUGAGGUGAGGCAUAGAGAACAAAGUAUAUCGGUGGAAAAGUCUGUUUGUGGACCUGCGUAGACUUGGAAUAUUCGAAACAAGUUCUUGUAUUUUGACAGGACUUCUCCAUUGUUGUUGGUUUGAGCCCAGGAGGCCACCAUGGAAAUGCAGAUGGGCAAUGAGGGGAGGGGGAAGGUGAAAGAGUGGCAGCAGACCUACUAUGCCGGGGACUCUGGGAUCCAGUCAGGAGCCACCACAGUGAGGACCGAUGACGACGGGACCGAGUACAGCACCAAGCAGUACAGCACCGUCACCACCACCGUCAUCUCAGAGAACCCUGCUGAAGUGGAGUCUCAGUAUGCCCUGACCCGGGCCCAGCGUGUCCGAGCGGCCAUGUUCCCAGAGACUGUGAUGGAGGGCACGACCAUCCUGUCCACCCAGACUGACCCGUCCCAGAUGACCAACGUCCAGCGGCUGGCCGAGCCCUCGCAGCUCCUCAAGACGGCCAUCGUCCACCUCAUCAACUACCAGGACGACGCCGAGCUGGCCACGCGCGCCAUCCCCGAGCUCACCAAGCUGCUCAACGAUGAGGACCAGGUGGUGGUCAACAAAGCCUCCCUGAUCGUCAACCAGCUGACCCGUAAGGAGGCGUCUCGCCGGGCGCUGAUGGCGUCCCCCCAGAUGGUGGCGGCGGUGGUGCGGGCCAUGCAGAACACUGGGGACAUGGAGACAGCCCGGGCUACAGCCAGCAUCCUCCACAACCUGUCCCACCAGAGAGAGGGCCUGCUCUCCAUUUUCAAGUGUGGGGGCAUCCCUGCCCUGGUCCGCAUGCUCAGUUCUCCCAUGGAGUCUGUGCUGUUCUAUGCCAUCACCACCCUCCACAACCUGCUACUGCACCAGGAGGGAGCCAAGAUGGCGGUGCGCUUGGCCGACGGCCUGCAGCGAAUGGUGCCUCUGCUGAAGAAGAGCAACCCCAAGUUCCUGGCCAUCACCACCGAUUGCCUGCAGCUGCUGUCCUACGGCAACCAGGAGAGCAAGCUGAUUAUCCUGGCUAACAGUGGUCCAGAGGGCCUGGUCCACAUCAUGAGGAACUACAGCUAUGAGAAGCUCCUGUGGACCACCAGCCGCGUGCUCAAAGUGCUCUCUGUCUGCCCCAGCAACAAACCUGCCAUCGUGGAUGCUGGUGGGAUGCAGGCUCUGGGGAUGCACCUGACAGGUUCCAGUCAGCGUCUGAUGCAGAACUGUCUGUGGACCCUGAGGAACCUGUCGGACGCUGCCACUAAACAGGAGGGUCUGGACAGUCUUCUUCAGACUCUCGUUGGUCUCCUGAGCUCUGACGACGUCAACAUGCUCACCUGCUCCACUGGCAUCCUCUCCAACCUCACCUGCAACAACGCUCGCAACAAGGCCAUGGUCACCCAGAGCAACGGCAUCGAGGCGCUCAUCCACGCCGUCCUGAGGGCGGGAGAGAAGGAGGAUGUGGCGGAGCCAGCCGUGUGCGCCCUGCGUCACCUGACGUCGCGCCACUCCGACGCCGAGGUGGCCCAGAAUGCAGUGCGCAUGCAUUAUGGCAUUCCUGCGAUAGUCAAGCUGCUCAACCAGCCCUACUACUGGCCUGUCAUCAAGGCUGUGGUUGGUCUGAUCCGUAACCUGGCACUGUGCCCAGACAACCAGACCCCUCUGAGGGACGCGGGGGCUAUCCCCCGCCUGGUCAAUCUGCUGCUCAAAGCACACCAGGACGCCCAGAAACACGGCUCCGCCGCACAGCAGACAUACCAGGAUGGCGUGAGGAUGGAAGAGAUCGUGGAGGGGUGCACAGGGGCCCUGCACAUCAUGGCCAGAGACCCCAUCAACAGGGGAGAGAUCGCCAGCAUGCAGACCAUCCCACUCUUUGUACAGCUGCUGUACUCUCCAGUGGAGAACGUGAAGCGCGUGUCAGCGGGGGCUCUGUGUGAGCUGGCCCUGGACAAACAGUCUGCUGAGAUGAUCGACGCAGAGGGAGCCUCCGCGCCGCUCAUGGAGCUGCUGCACUCCAACAACGAGGGCAUCGCCACCUAUGCUGCGGCCGUUCUCUUCCGCAUCUCCGAGGACAAGAACUCCGACUACAAGAAGCGUGUGUCCGUGGAGCUCACGCACUCCCUGUUCAAGCAUGACCCCGCCGCCUGGGAAAUGGCCCACAAUGCUGUCCCCAUGGAGUCCGGCUAUGCAGCAGACGAGCUGGACGCAGGCUACCACCAAUAUGGAGACUACCCUGGUGACAUGCCCAUGGAUGGAGAGAUGGGGAUGUCCGAUGUUGAAUACCAAAGCGGUGGCGGCGGCAUGACCUACGACAUGAGGCAACCAGGAUAUGCUGAGCGCUACUAGGACAACGGCACUGAAGGGAUGAGAGGGGGGGCAGCAGAAGAAGAGGAGGGGGCAGCAGAAGAAGAGG